AUGCAGCUCUCUACUAUUCUUUUCGCGGCUUUCCUCGGCCUGGGUGCUAAUGCAGCUGCCGUUCCUGAAGCAGAAGCCAUGGAAGCAAACUCUAUCAGAAUGGGAGACAAGCACUAUGGAAGGUGUCUUGUCAAGGAGAAUCAGUGCGUGAUUGUUGAAAAGCACGGAGAGCGCAGAAUUAACUGCAGGCGCCAGACCUACGGCACGGGUGCCGGAGAGGAUAUAUAUCCCAAGGUUGAACUCACUCACUCCGCUGCCGUUGCCUCGGCAUGCACUCUCCCGACUGAGCCCAUUUCCAACAACAUCACCACAGGCUUCGGCAUCCAGGUCCAAAACCCUGCCGCACCAAUCGUUCACAACCGCUACAUGAAUCUUUGGUCAGCAGGAGGAGGUGACCAGCAUCUCUACCUCAGCCCUGCCGGAGACGCAGCUUUCAAUCUGACCCUUGACAACGGCGUCAUCUCGAGAGGAAUCAUUCAUGCCGUAAUCAACGGAGAGUACACCGCUGAUGACAACACUACCAAGCUGUUCAUGACGCAGCGGGGUGACCCUAAGGCCUUCUUUCAACCUACCUACGGCUGCAACGCAGAGACGGAUGCCGUACAGGUCGAGCUGGACUUCAUCUCUAGAGCCGCUCUUCCUGGUGGCUUCAUUUGUGUCAGAAGCGCGUCUGGCGACAGACACGAAUUCCGCUACUCUCCCCCAGGAAACACUGCGGUUCGUGAGGACCGCCCUUGUUACGAAGUCACGCUGGCUCUUGUUGAAGCCCCGACUUCCUAG